AAAGAGCAAUAUUGAAGAAGAAAUCUCUUACUCCUAGAAGUGUAUUAAAAGAAGACAGGCAUUCAGCCAUAAGGAAUAUGAGAGCAAAGGCUUCCAAUAUGAUCUUAAAUGAUUUUGGAAGUAUAGUCUUGGAGACUAUUCAGAAAACAAAAGGAGACAUAGAAAAUAAAAUAUUUCAGAGAAUUAAGGAAGGUGACAUUUUAGUUCAAAAAGAAGGGAUUGAUAAGAGGACAGAAAAAUUAAAAUAAAGAACACAAGAAGGAUAAGAUUAAAGGCCUGAUUCAUUCUGUAGCUAGUUCAGGAUUUUCUAUACAGGCUGUUAAGAAAAGUAAAAUUCUCGUGGAAGAGGACCCAUACGCAAACAUGUCAAAUAUCGAUCCAAUUCCCUGCGUCUCAAUAGACAGCACAAUUCAUAACAGAAGUUUUAGCAUGAAUCAGUUCAGUCCUAAAAAUGUUCAAUUCAGUAGUUUCUCAAGAGUUGAAAGAGACGGCUCUUUCGAUGAUAAAAAGUACUUACAAAUCUCAACAGAACGGAUCAAAUCUAUCAACAAAGAAAAGCGGAAGCUUCAGCUUCGGAAACAGAAGGAUGAAAUCAGGAUUAAGAAGCUAAUUCAAAAAGAAACUGAGAAGAAGCUUCAAAUCGAAGCUAUGAAAGAACGUGAGAGGCAGGAACGUAACGAGCAGAUUCUCAAGAAAAUCGAAAAGAGGAAGCUUGAAAGGGAACUCAGCAAUAAUUUAAGACAGGAAGAGUAUAAGAAAGUUAAGAGAGCCACACCCAUGUUUCAAAAGCUAAGGAAAAGCUAUAUUGAGAACCAUGAGUUGCCAGAAUUACAGAAGAAAAAGGAAAUUUUAACAAGCAUUCGUGAUUUGCAUCAACCGAUUAAUUCUAAAGAUUUUGACCAGCAUGAGAAGAAGUGGAAGCAGAAGAGAAAGUCGCUAAUCAAAUAAGCUUGGAGAUAAGAGAAGACUCACUAAUCGGAGUUCUACCAGCCUCCAUUAUCAAUCCAAAUUCAUGAAAGACUAUCUUACUCAAGAAGUUGUGAAGAAUAGUGAGCAGAUCUUUGAGAAACAGAAGAAAAGUGAUUACCGUGCUAAGCUGAAGCAUUAUGGAAAAAUUGUACAACAAACUUUCAGACCUGAAAUCUCACAAGAGAAGAAACAGGAGGUUGAAGCUCUUAAGGAAAUGUUUCCGAAUGACAGACUUGUAAGAAGAAGCACUGACAAAUUAUCCUGCAACUCUAUUGGCUCAGCAACUCCUCGAAAGAAGAGCCAUAGGCAAACAGGAUUCCCGAGAUCGACCCAGAUUACAAUGGCUACUAAGAAUAGAGCAUGGAAGAAAGUCAACCCGAUGGUGCCCAAACCUGUGGAGAAGAAAGUUUCUGUUACAAUAGAUUACCUUCAGGAUCUUAAAAAAGAACGCUCCAAGAAUGGAGAGAAGCCUGAUUUCUAUUAUGUCAAAAAGCACAUCAAGAAGAAUCUCAAGAAGGGGCUUCAGAAUAGCCCAAAGGAGAAAAUAGAUGAAGUUAAGAACUUGUCUCGAGCUCUUAAUGCUAAGGCAGAACAGAAGUUGCAGCAAGUCAAGGCUGACAAAACAAUGGCUUCUAAGCUCAUUGAGGAGUCGAACAACCUGAUUAUUGAUAGCAUCCACAGCAAGUUGAUGCUGUUAGAGAAACUGAAAUAA